AUUCGGCUCCGCGACGCGGGCGCUGCACGAAGCGGCACCGACGGGCAGCGGGCACGGCGAGGGGCCGCCCAGGUGGGCGCGGGUUGGCCGAAGCCGCCCUCCGAGGCCGCUCCCCCUCGGCUCGGGUUACCUGGGCGGGCCGCGGCGCGGCUCUUCCCGUCUGGCCCGGCCCCCGCGACGGGAAGUGCGAGCGUGGGUCGGUCGCUGUCGGACGGGGGGAGCGGUGGAGCGAUGGAGAGCCGGGGUUCGUUCGGAGCUCCGCUGCGGUGUCGGUUGCUGUUCCUCGCCGCGUGUUUUGCGGUGGCGGCGGCGGUGGUUGCAGGAGAAAAAGUUCUUCCCCCUCCAUCCAACCUCAACUAUUCAUUUAUCCAAAUCUGCACCUUGAACUGGACGUGGAAUCCCCCGGAGAACAUCAGCAGUAGCUGUGACCUGGAAUAUUCCAGUGACAUCCUGAUCGAUGAGGUGUCUCAGCACAAAAACGAGUGGAGAAAGAGUCUCUUUCGUGUGACUGACACAGUCUUGAAUAAGGAGAUGCGUUUCAAAGUGAGAAGUGAGUGCAAGAACAGUAAUGCCACCAAUCACAGCCAAUGGGUGGAGACCUCUGUUCCACCAAAAGGUGUUCCAGGCACUGCUGCUGUUGGCUUGAGCUGUGUCUGGCACAACCUGGAGUACAUGCUUUGUAUGUGGCAUCCCGGAGAGAAUGCAAGUAGGGAUACCAAUUACAGUUUAUUCUACUGGUUUGAUGGUUUGGAAAGACAUAAAGAGUGCAAAAAUUAUUCUGUGAGCCAAGGAAGCUUUGAAUGUGCCUUCAGUUUUGCCUUCCCUCAGGCUGCCAAUAGGUACCCACUGAUCAGUAUAUUGAUCAGAGAUGACUCCGAAAAUAUUAUGCCUGUAUGCGUGACUGAAAAUCCUACCACCCUUGUAAAACCUGCCACACCAAUGAUAGCUAAACUAUCAUAUGUUAACAAUGGAAUUCAACUGCAGUGGAGUGAAUCGGGCACCAUUCCAGCAAAUUGUCUCAGUUAUGAAGUGAGAUAUCACAAGGGUGACUUGACCACUGCUCAGACAAUUCAAGUUAAAUUUAAUUCUACAUCGAUUCCUAGUGUUGACCCUAAUAGCAAGUAUACCUUCCAAGUGAGAGCACAGCCCAAGGUUGAAUGCUACAGCAGCAAAUUCUACAGUGAUUGGAGCGAAGAAAGGAGCAUCGGUGAGAACCCAAACUCUGCGUUCCAUUUUCUUUUAAUUAUCACCAUUCCAUUAAUAGUGACAGUGUCCACAAUAAUCCUACUUGUUUACCUUAAAAGGCUUAAGAUAUUAAUUCUUCCCCCAAUCCCGGACCCUCGGGAAAUCCUGAAGCGCAUGUUUGGGGAGCAGAACGAGGAUCCCCAGAGCUAUGCAAAGGAGGACUGUAUGAGUGGUUACGACAGGUUAAUCAAGGAAGAAGAAAUCCAUUCUUUAAUUUUAAUAGAAACUCCUGAAUCCUCUAAUUCUGAAAAAGAGCACCGAUAAACUGCUUUCAGAAUAGAAGAUAAGUGAAGAUUUCCAGAGUUGCUCCUUUAACUCAGGUGACAAGGUGGAUGUGAAAAGGCCUGUGGACCAUUCACCAACUCCUACUUCCAGAGUCCUUUCUGAGCCUUAUUUCUUUGAUGCUCAGAAGAUGCAUCACCAUUGUUGGCCAUUCUUCCAUCUCUGCUAGCAAAACUCAUCUUGGGUCCUUUGAGAUGAGCAUGUACAUAAAUUUCAUCUGACUGCAUUGCAGUGUUUUUUGUUCAGCCUCUGACCUGCUCUGCCCUGUUACUUGUCACCUGCACCUGUGUUUGUGCUGCACAGUUUGUAAGCGUUGGCUGCUUUUUGUCAGGUUUUGUUUGUUUUGGAGCAUGUGCUCCAAAGUGUUUGGCUUUGUUCCUCAGCAGGUGAGGCAGGGUUUGAUUGCAGCACGUGAGUCACUGUUGAGCUGCACACGGAGCUGCCAAUAGAUGGGAUGCAGAGCAGCGGCCCGUUGGGUGCCCUGGGCAGGGGGUUUGCAGGAAACAUCCAUGGACUGACCUUCCCAAGCUGUGCUUCAGCCGUGGGCUGAAUAAACCCAGUAUGAGAGUUGCUUUUUCUUGAGAUAUGUGUGAGACACCUCCUCACCUUCCAGCUGGUAUCCAGACUGUUCACAGAAGACUUGCUUUGGCUUUUUUUAUCCUUUCAAGUGCCUUAGCUACAAGGCCUUCAUGAACUUUGAGUGUUAACGAAACUUCUUAAGUGAUAACCAUUAUCUUUACCUCUGUUGUGCAGUGGCUGGUGACUGUCACCAGUCUGUCAUCUUGUUCUGGCCAUAUUGGCCAAGUGACUACAGGAGCUGAAUCAUAGGGAGUUUAUCCAGCAGAAUUACCAGGGAGGAUGCUUGAGUCCUAGACCACAGAAACUGAGUGAAUGCGAAGACUUCAAGAUUUGCCUGUACUGCUGUGCUGAGGGAUUUGGGGAAGGAGAUGAUGACAACCUUGGCCUGCUUUCUUGGGGACAAACUUUGUUGUUUCAGUAAUGAUAUAGAAUUGUUAAGGUUAGAAAAGACCACGAAGAUCAUCUGCUGAUGACAUUUGGAUUCCAGUUUCCUCUCUUGGGACUUUGCAGUUUUUUUGAAAGGUGCUAAUUUGACUUCAAGGAAAAAUUUUUUUUUACUUUUUUUUUUUUUUUUUUUUUU